CUUAAACUGUUCUAUAAGGCGGUGUUUGUUCGUAGAUGACGUUUGUUUUCGUUUGAUUUAGUGAAAUUUUACUAUCGGCGAAACAAGUUAAAUAAAUUAAUAGCGUUUGCGGCUUAAUUGUUUCUACACCAUAGAAAGAAUAUAAUAAAACUUGUUUAAUAGUUCUGACGUAUAAUGGGUUGGGGAUUUGUUACUUGUGGUCCCAAUGAAGCGCUUGUGGUUUCGGGAUGCUGCUACAUGAAGCCAUUGCUGGUUCCUGGCGGACGGGCCUUCGUAUGGCCUACCAUACAGCAAGUACAAAGAAUCUCACUCAAUACGAUGACACUGCAAGUGGAGAGUCCCUGUGUUUACACCAGUCAGGGUGUACCCAUUUCGGUAACUGGCAUUGCACAAGUAAAGAUUCAGGGACAAAACGAGGAUAUGUUAUUGACUGCUUGUGAACAAUUUCUCGGCAAAGGCGAAGCUGAAAUACAGCAUAUUGCGUUGGUAACGCUUGAAGGGCAUCAGCGUGCAAUUAUGGGCUCCAUGACGGUUGAAGAAAUCUAUAAGGAUCGCAAAAAAUUCAGUAAACAAGUGUUCGAGGUGGCGUCAUCUGAUUUGGCCAACAUGGGCAUAACGGUUGUCUCGUACACCAUCAAAGACAUACGUGACGAAGAAGGUGAUUCAAAGGGUUAUCUAAAAUCUCUGGGUAUGGCACGCACCGCCGAGGUGAAACGUGAUGCACGCAUUGGUGAGGCCGAAGCGCGUUGUGAUGCCCAGAUUAAAGAGGCCAUUGCUGAGGAGCAACGUAUGGCAUCACGUUUCCUCAACGACACCGAAAUCGCCAAGGCACAACGUGAUUUCGAAUUGAAGAAGGCCGCCUACGAUGUAGAAGUGCAAACGAAAAAAGCCGAAGCGGAAAUGGCUUAUGAGUUGCAGGCUGCAAAAACAAAACAACGCAUCAAAGAGGAACAGAUGCAAGUGAAAGUGAUUGAACGUACUCAGGAAAUUGUCGUACAAGAGCAGGAGAUACAGCGUCGCGAAAAAGAGCUCGAGGCCACUGUACGUCGACCAGCUGAAGCAGAAAAAUUCCGUUUGGAAAAAAUAGCCGAAGCUAAUAAACUUCGUGUCGUUAUGGAGGCUGAGGCCGAAGCUGAAUCGAUUAAAAUACGUGGUGAGGCUGAGGCAUUUGCUAUUGAAGCUAAAGCGAAGGCUGAGGCAAGGCAGAAGGAACAAAAAGCGCUAGCUUGGAGUGAAUACCGCGAAGCGGCCAUGGUCGAAAUGCUGCUGGAAACAUUGCCAAAGGUUGCCGCCGAGGUUGCUGCGCCAUUGUCGCAAGCUAAGAAGAUUACCAUGGUUUCAAGCGGACAAGGUGAUAUCGGUGCUGCCAAAUUGACCGGUGAAGUGUUGCAGAUCGUUAACAAAGUGCCAGAAUUGGUGAAGAAUAUUACUGGGGUCGACAUUGCCCGGUCUGUGCAUGCUGGCUAAAUUACAAACACUAUGCUUCUACCAAAAAAAAAUAAUGAAGUAAAGAACGCACACGAAUAUGUAUUGCACAAAAGAAAAAAGUGUCAAAAUUCUUAAACCAAAGAUUCUUAAAAGACGUAACCACAAAAAACAAAAAAAUUGCCAUAACGAAUUAUGUCCUGCACAUAAACAUAUUUGUAUGUAAAUUUGGAAAAUGACAACGAUACAUUUUUGGAAAAAAAACAUUUUCGACAAGUGUACAUAAAAUUUAUAAACAACACAAUAAGUAAGCACAAGAAAAUUUCCAAAUUCUCUAAAAGGAUGUGGGAUCGAGGAAUUUGACAUUUUGCUUCAUGCAUCAAGGUGUUGUUAGUCUUAAGCGCAAAAUCGCAAAAAUUUACUUUGAAAACAAAUGCAAAAAAAUCUAUAAAAAUCUAAAAAAAAUAAUAUCGAAAAAUACUUGUAAUGGAAGACAAAUUUAUAAAAUAUAACCAAAAUGUAGCAACUGUACUGCUGCGCGAAUUGCAUACAAAAUUUUGUCUAUCUUUCUAACAUUUACAAUUUUCAAAACAUACUCGCUCUACUUAUAGUCGUAUAUCAAGUACACUUUCAAGAUUAACAGCUAUACACACACACGCACGCCUACUUACCCACUUAACGCCUGUACUUCGUUGCAAGUAAAUAAAUUUCAAGUGAAUUGUUUUUCCAAGAACAGCCCAUAAUUAAUCAGCCAGUAAGAUUGUAAGCAGUUUUAUACUAUGUAACUCAAACUACAGAACUAUUAUGUCGGUUUGGUUGAGACAAGUCGCACUGGCUGUUUUAGUAGGAAACCCAUUUAGUUUGCGAAUAUUUGCUGAGAUAAAGCUUGUAUGUGCGUGCAUGUGUGUGUAUGAAAAGACUUCUGCGUAAGAGCAACAAUGAGAAGUGGAAUUUUGUAUUGUGACGGUAGUUGAGAUUAGUGCAUUAUUUUGCAAGAAGUUCAUAUUUCCUUAAACGUAAUAAAAAAAUUAAUAUGUAAAAAUAUUAUAUUUAUA